UGCAGUGAAAGUGGACUUCCCCAAACUUGGAGUUUGAUCAGUCACUGGGGCAAUGUGGCUGUGGUGUUUGGGAUCCUCGCACAUUAAACUGACAGGGUAGCCCUCUUUUUCGAGGUUAGGAUUAUUUAUUUUGAGGCGUUUUUAAAGUAUGACUUCCAGAAGUGGAGCGAUGGACUGGCGGUGGAUAGUUUUCUCACUGUUUUUGAACUUUCACUUCACUUACGGGUCUCCCCCCUCUUAUGACUUGUUCCAUGGAGCUGCAUACACUGGACCGGUACACAGACACAGAAACAGGAACUGGUGUGCCUAUGUGGUGCGUAAAAACGUGAGCUGCGCGGUGCAGGGGAGCGUGGAGAGUUUCCAGGAGCCCGUGAUGGCCCCCUGCCCAGCAUACCAGCCAGACUGCCAGAAACAAGUGACAUACCACAAUCGGUUUCGACCCACGUACAAGAUUGCCUUCAAAUCAGUCACAGAGUUGAAGUGGAGAUGCUGUCCUGGUUACCACGGUCUGGACUGCAAAGACUUAAAACCAGCCCCGGACCGACAAACAGUUCAGGGAACACAGCCCUACUACCCACAGAAUCCUGGAUAUACACCCAGACACACGCAGAGGCCAGAGCGGAGAGAGACAGCGCACCAUGAAACGAGGCGUGAUGGGGGGGAUAAGGUGCAUCUUCUGGAAGGUGAAGUUCAGCGCCUCUCUCGGAUAGUCCAGGAUCUCCAGUCCGCUUUGACAGGGUUAACCACCAACCUCCGCACAGACCUGCAAGACGACACAAAGAAGAUACUGGUGACGCUUCUCAACAACAUGCGUCCGCCAGACAGCUCUCCAGCUGCAGACACCGAGGACAGCCCGGCAGUGCUGGACGGUCACCAGGCUACUAGAGGAGGGAUCGUUGGAGACAACGCUAUAGACAAAAUAGUGACCCGGUUGGAUGACCUUAACAAUGAAAUGAAAAUCAAAGAUGACGCUUUGGAGGACCUAAGAGGAACCAUGACAAGUCACGAGGGACAGAUCCGCGUCCUGAUGCAAGCCUCUCAAUCUCAGGCUCCUGCCAUAGCGGAGUUUGAUGUUGUCCAGAGCUACGUUGAUGGAACAUUUGAGAAGCUGAAGAAGGAGCUGGACCAGAAUGUGGAGGAACAGAUGGCCAAGCUUCAAAGCUCAUGCAAUGACAAGGUCAAGACCUGUGAAGACAGCCGUGAUGAAGGUUUGCUCAAGCUGACCAAGCUGUUAGAUGUCAAGGAGACUGAUCUGAGGAAGGAGAUCCGGGCACUUCGUCUGGACAUGGCAGCCGCAGAUGGACCGAUACGGACUCAAAGACAGAUUAAUCCAUCCGAAGAGGAAGAGGAUCAUAGUGACCAUAAAGACCUGUGGCGUGAGAUUGACCGUAUUGCAGAGGCUCAUCGCAUCUUGAAUGUUCGCAUUGACAACGAACUGGCGCACCUGUCCGCACCUCAGGAAGACAAUGAUUUCAGUCUAAUCCUUGAAGAGAUGGAGGCACGCAUUAAUAUUACGGAGCAAAAUGCAGAGACUCAUUGUUUCUAUAUCGAAGAGAAACUUACACGUACAAUUUCGGAAGAAGUGGCAGCAAUCCGGCAGCUUCUGGAGGAGCGUCUGAAUGGCAUGGAGGACCAGUUUACGAACAUGCUGGUGGAAAUGAGCAACAGCUCCUUCCCUGGGAUGUUUAGUAACUCCAUGGAUGCCAUCCAGACAGAAGUCAACAAUAACAAGUUCCUCCUCCAAGGUUUGGAUGAUAAGGUCAAUGCUGUUGGAGAGUUGUGCUCUGCAGGAUGUUCUGGCUCAGGAAUAAAUGUAGGUGCAGUGAGUUCAUCGCCAACACCUAAAGGUCUAGAAAGCAUAUUAAAGGACCUGACUCGGUUCAGGAAUGAUUUGGACAUUCUUCACACUGAUGUCAAUUCCAACGCGGUGAAGCUCAGGCAACUAGAAGAUGUUGUUGGAAGACAUUCGGUCACAAAUGAACGUCAUGUGAAGACGAUGGAGGAUUUCCAGAAGGGAUUGAAUAAUCUUAAAGAUAAUGUGCUUGGUCUGGCUGGUGCUGUUACCGGUUUAAGUGACUCCUUAAGCAAAUACAACCAGGAUAUGCACCAAAUAAACUCCACAUGCUGCCAUGCAGAGCAGAGUGGCCCUGGGGGUCGAGGGCGGGACAACUGGGCCUCGGCCGUUGCAGUACCCAGCGUCCAAACAGACAACACCAGACAUCAGGUGGAGGAGCUGAAGAACAGUCUUGAUACGCUCAGUAGGCAGGUGUCCUCUGAGCUGAGUCAAUGCAAACAGAACACACAGGGUGUUUCUGAUGGUAUCUCCGUUGUCAAUGGACGUGUGACCAGACUUGAAAAGGUGUGUGGAAGGCUAGAUGGGGUAACCGACAACAUCAGAGAGCUGAAAGAGGGACUGGAGAGAAAUGUUGGUGGUCUGCGGGACUGUGAGAGCAGGAUGAACGCCACCAGUGGAAAUCAUGGAGGAGAGAUCAUCGUACUGCAGAACUCCAUGCAGAGGCUCCAGGCACAGCUGUCCUCGAUGGCCAAACACGUGUUGAAAGACGUCACCGCCAAAGAGCCAGGAAUGACCUUAAGACCAGAGAGGCCGGCUCUUCAGCCAGAUUCAACCAGGACCAGAAUCCAACAAAUCCACAUCCCUCUCAUCAUCCCGCCGCAGCCGUCCAACCCCAGACAGCCGCUGCAGCCCAACAGGCACACGAUACAUAUCAGCCCGCCCAUCCACCCGUCCAGCCCCCGGCAGCCCGGCGGACCGCCCGUCCCCCCCCUGGUCCCUGUCCGGCCGGUGGUGGAGACGGGCGAGGCCGGACCCCCGGGGUACAGCCGCAGGGUGACGGUCCGCAGAGAGUCUGAGGACUCGUCCAACGUGCCCGUCAACGGAUUUGCUGGAGCACCAGGCUAUCCUCCUCUGCAGCCUGCAUCUUUCAAGCCUCAAUCAGACAGCCGCCAAGUUCCUGUAGCUGCAAAGAUGCCCUGGAACCCGAUGCAACACACUCCCGUUAUAUCACCAGUUUCGGCCCCCAGCAGUGGCUUUGAGGAGCCCUUCUCCUUCUCUGCCGGCCUCACACAGCAGCCGCUCAUUGGAGAGUUCGGCUUCAUCCGCUUCAACAGAGUCAUCGUCAAUGAUGGAGGACACUACAAUCCACACACAGGGAUCUUCACCGCCCCUCUGGACGGCCGAUACCUGAUCUCAGGCCUGCUGACGGCGCAGCGGGGGGACCGGGUGGAGGCCGUUCUGUCCGUGUCUAACCGCAGGGUGCAGCGGCUGCAGAGCUCUGCAGGUCCCGGCCAACACGGGGCCCCCCCGACUGGAGACUGUGGCUGCGGGGGGUCCGUGUCCUUCAGCGUGAUCCUGCCUCUGAGGAAAGGAGACCGUGUCGGCGUCGUGAGGACCGGGGGCCGGCUGGCCACCACCGGGGCCCGGGAGACCCUCUCCACCUUCAGUGCCAUCUUCCUCUACGCACCGCAGCACAAGUCAUAGCUGCAGCUCAGCUGGGCCGAAACAGCAAGGACCAGUUUGAUCCCAUAAGGACUGGAGGAAAUAAAUGACGAGAGGAAGCAGAGUUUUUUCACUGAUUUGCUGUGAUUUACCACGCAGAGCCGCUGUGUGAAGAUCCUCACUUAUAAGUUCAGUUAGGAAGUCAUUACAUUGCAUUUUGUAAGCCAUUUGCCAGAUAUACCUGAAAACAAGAAGCAGGAUUUGUUUCUAAUAUAUUUGAAGUUGCCUUUUUGUACCUAUUGUGAAUGUCUUGUGUAAAUAAGUGUUUAUAAAUUAACAUAACAAAUAAUAAAAUGUUAUUUUAACAAAA